AUGGGCUGUAGCUCAAUGAAAGCUUCAAGGAAAGGUUCACUUUCUAUUCCAAAAAAUGGCAUACUAAAAAAGCCUAGUCCAAAUUAAUCAUGCCAAUUGGAUUUAGUCAUUAAAAAAAAGACUUUGAGUUUUUAGAAAGACCCUACAUACGAGACAGAUAAUCUCAGAAUGAUAGGCGAAGAUUACACUUUGAUUAUAUUUUGUUUAUAUAUGUAUUGUGUGCCAACAUAAUUUUAUAUGUUAAAGAUUGGCACUUAAAGCCAAGAUAGACUAUAAAUAAACUAUGAGGACCCCUUAAAAUUUAGAUUUUUAAAUAAAAAAGGUGCAAAGAUAUAUUUAUGGCCAGAAUAGUAUGAGAAUACCAAUUUCCUUUAUUUGAUUAACGUACUCGCAAUUCCUCAAAUGCACGAGCCUUUUUUGUAAUCCACAUAAAUCUGUACAAAUAAGAUGCAGCAAGUUUGA